GGUACAAGUGACGCUUGUCUUUAGCACCGAACAGACACCCACAUCCCGACUCUACAAGCUGUCGACGGCCACGCCACUACGUAGCCGACUGUGGUCUAAACACUUGAACUACGAUAUCACGAUGGGAUUCAUUUCACAGAAUCCCCCGAACACCACACGCGCACAUGACCAGCAGCUCUACAUUGACCACCGCUGCCGCGGCUUGGGUGGCCCCAACUCCGCCAAACGAAGUCGAGCGCCUCGAGGCGUUGACGCAGUUCAAUAUCCUGGACACCCCCAAAGACCACAUGUACGAUAUCGUGUGUGACUUGGCGACCAAGGCGCUCAACUGCUCCACCGCUGCCGUCAGCUUUAUCGACAACGAUCGACAAUGGUUUAAGGCGACAUUGGGCCUUGCCGUGUCGGAAUUGCCGCGUCACGUCAGUCUGUGCACGCAUGCACUCGUGUCGAACAGCCCGAUCGUGGUGCCAGACACUCUAAUGGACAAGAGAUUUGCAGCCAACCCCCUUGUCACGCAAGCCAACGUCCGUUUUUACGCCGCCGCCCCGAUUACCACCCCGACCGGUCUCGUCAUUGGCACCGUUUGCGGGUUCGACGACACACCUCGCGAGGAUAUCAACGACGCGGGAUGCGACAUCGCUGCGCUGACGAACUUGGCGGCCGCCGUCCUUGACCACCUCGACAGAGCUGCUUACUAUUUGGACGAUCCGUGGCUGCAAGCCCAACGACAAUCGACUCUGUCCUGCUACCCAAAGUGGACUCUAGCGGACGCCCACCACUUCUUCGCGUCUCGAAAACUCUUGAACUCGGGCAGUUGCGACGACGUGUGCGCGCUCGAGAACUCGGAAGUGUCUGACGAUGAACAUCGCUUGGACAUGUUGAACAGCUACAAGAUUAUGGACACACCAGCCGACGAUUUCUUCGAGAACAUUUGCGGCGAGGCGACGGUCGCUUAUGGUUGCCCCAUCGCUGCAGUGAGCUUUAUGGAUGACACGAGGCAGUGGUUCAAGGCGAGCGUUGGGCUCGGUCUCACGGAGAUUCCCCGAACCAUCAGCCUGUGCGACACCGUGAGCCCGCUGCCGACCGUCGUACUGGACACCCUGCACGACAACCGGCUCGUGCACAAUCCGUUUGUCAAUGGUACACCACGCAUUCGAUUCUACGCCUCGGCACCGCUCGUGUCCCCCAACGGAUACGUCAUUGGGUCUGUGUUUGUGUUGGACGUGGUACCCCGCACUGAAUUCAGCACUGCGCCGCUGGUCGCGUUUGCGAAUCGGACGAUGGAGCAUCUCGCAGACAAGCUCGCGAGCGACCCCGUCGACGCGUGAGACGUGCGAUGUGUCCGUGUUUUGAAGCGUGUAAAAUAUGAGUGAAUGCAAUAUUUGUUGGGCGA